AUGAAAUUCAAAAGAACUGAUGGCGAACGAAAAAAAGAUACGGUGCUUCGGUACUACAACGAUCUCAAGUCCAGACCGGUCUUUUUUUUCCAGGUUUGUGUAUUUGGUGUUGCUGUAAUCUCCACCGUGAUAAUCUAUGGGUUUAUCCAAGCCAACGCUGCGCCAGUGGCACCGUACUACCUACAGAGGUCCAGCCCAGGGGCAUCUUGGAACAAUGUAGCAGAAUUGAUGAUUGAGCUAUUUGAGGAAAUUGCUCCAGGCUCGACUUCAAAUGUGACCCUUACAAUUCCUGAGAAUAUUUCCAUCCAAGAUACGAAAUACUACGUGAUCAACAACAAUGUCUACUUUAAGAGGAAGUGUUUUAAAAACGUCACUUCUCAUGUCGAUACAACGAGACGUUUGUUGAAGUACGAAAUUGGAAAGCACAUUUCUGAAGAACAGGCUAACAGUUGGGAAUCUGACUUCAACAAAACGCUUGAAAUCGUCACUGAAGCAGUCAGAAAGUACCACAACAACAGCAGCACCCAGAAUGCAACGCAAAAAUCACUGAAAUUCAAACUUUUUGACACCUUUCUACAAAGUGAAGGCCCCGACUUGGGCUUUUGCCUGUACUCCCUCUGGCUCUUUACCCUGAUGAGUUUCCUCACCCACCUUGUUUUAUUUGCACAAACAGGAGAAAGAAAAAACUAUACUCGUCUAUUGUUGAUCACUGCUUUGCUCUGCGGUGUAGUUGCUGGAAUUAGCUGCUGUUGCCAGCUUGCCUCGAUGAAAGCUACAAGAGUGCCGUUCUGGACUAACACUGGUCUCAAAAUGCACGAGGGAUCACUUAUGGCAUUGUUCAUACUGGAAACUGUGCUUUUGAGCUCGCUACUAGUGGUUGCAAUUGUGGAGACCAUCACAGGGUGGUAUAAAAGAUAG